AUGUUGAGAGGCAUAAUUGGCAAAUGGACUCUGGCUUUGAUAGAAUUUGCCUUAAGAUAUGUUCCUCAGAAAGCUGUCAAAGGACAAGCUGUAGAAGAUUUCCUAGCAGAUCAUCCAGGGGAAGAAAUUGAAAACAUGGAUUCUUUGGAUAUAGCAAAUGUAGAUCUAUUGACUAGAGCUCAUACUUGCCUUAACAAUCCCAUCUAUUCAGUUCACCUUACACCUUGGAAGAUGUACUUUGAUGGAUCAAAGACUGAUGUAGCCUUUAGGGCAGGAAUUGUUUUGGAGGAGCCACUGGGGAUCAAACACUGUUAUUCUUUCCAGUUAGUUUCCAAUGCAACAACAACAGGGCUGAAUAUGAAGCCUUAA